AUGGCUGCUGAUCGUUCGAAUAUACCUGUUGGAUCAUCAGCCCCAGGCUAUUACUCAAGUGGAACUGUCAAAAUUAUUCCAGCUUCAGCUAUGAGAGAUCAACAGUUCUCGUUUGAUCCACAAGUGUUAUAUAGACCUUAUGAACAACAGUCAUCAUCCUAUCCUCAACCUAUUAACGUAGCUUAUUAUAUGACUGGAGGGAUGUAUAAUGCUAAUCCCAAUGCUUACUUACAUGAACCGUAUGGUCAAAAUGCUUAUAUAGAUAACUAUGCCGACAAUACUUCUUAUCCAUUCUAUGGAAACUAUAAUUUCACUCCAUAUCCAUAUCAAAAUUCAACGGUCCAGCCAGGUGCGUAUGGUCCUUAUGCUGGAGCUACUAGCGCUUAUCGACCAUAUCCACAGCCUCAACCAUCACCUCCGAGACGAUCGAGAACAGCUCCAAAUCGAUCUGGUCGAUCUUCUGUCAUUUACCACACAGAACAACGACGACCAAGAGGAUAUUCAGCUAAUCCUUAUGAUCAUCGACGAAUACCAUCAACUAAUCAGCCAAAGCCAUACUUCGUUCAACCACCUAAGAAAACAAACAAUGUUUAUAAAAAAAGGCGGGAACCCACAAUAAAUCGAUCACAAAUGGAAACUGAUUUUGGUGGUGGAACAUUGGAAUACAAAGCUUUUCCAACAAGAUAUUAUCCAGAAGCUUCGACAACUCAGCAACAUACUUUACGAAGGAUUAGGCCGUAUUAUGCCCCAAGCUAUGCAACAUACCCACCAUCAACUAUGAACAAAAUAAAUAAAAAAUUGGAUACAAAACGAUAUCCGUUAUAUGCUCGUGUUAUUUUAAAAUUCGCUCAAUUAAUAUUAGGCGCCGCUAUUUUGGGAUUAGUUUUAGGACCCAUGAAAGGUUAUUCGUUUCACGAAUUUGUUGUUCGCUUUAACACUGAAUGGCAAGGUCUUGUCGUUGGUAUUGUUUCUUGUUGGGGAAUAUUAACAGCCAUUCUAUUAGUCACAUGUUGCUUAGCAAACAAAGUUCACGCAUGGCGUAAAUUGGAUGCGCACAUAAAUCUGAUAGGAAUAUUAGCCUAUCUGGUUGCUUCAUUCUUAGAAGCUUAUUAUGCUGCAUGCUAUCCACCGAAUGGUCCACGGAUAAAUCUUUUCUGUCAUCGAGCAGAGUGGAUUAUAGCUACGAUAUUAUGUUUCAUCAACAUAGUCCUAUACGUCAUAGACUUUUCACUUUCAUGGUUUUCAGGUGUCACAAUGCUUUAA